AUGUUUCUCUUCGACGCAAUUGUCUUUCUCAUAGCCAUCACGCUAUCCAUCGGCAUCUCGGUGCUCAUCUCCCAGCCUUUCAACGGCGCCAUCGUUCGCCUUCGUGCCAACUAUCUACCCAAGGCGGUAAGCCUCGACAACGUGCUCGAAGAUGGCGCCGGCUCGACGAGUGGACCACGUGCGCUUUCUUCAUUCCUGCUCUCCGAACGCAGAUCUAGCGCCAAGAUCGGUCCGGUCGUCACUGGCGUCUUCUCGAUGAUGUUCCGAACCAAACAUUUGGAAGGCUGGGCUGGCAUCUAUAAGGGUUCGAUUCCCGUGGCUAUUCAGAUCUUCACUCUGAGCACGCUUACCUUCAUCUUCUUCUCUGGAGCUUCCACAAGCGCGCCCGGAAGCGCGUACAAGGCCGGUCCAGCCGGUCCGGGCCAGUUCAGCUUCUUUGCAAAUCUCUUCUAUAUGCUCUUCGUUUCGCUGGCUGCGCUUCCUCUCAACGUCAUCACCUACCGUACCAUCGUGCAUCCUCGCAUCCUUCCCCUCAACAAUCCGAGGGAGAACCUGCGCGAGCUCUUGUCGUACACCGAAUUCAGUCAGCCGUGGCGCCUCUACAUGCUCCCGGGUCUGCUUGCUGCCAACGUACUCCACAUCCUUUGGAUCGGUCUUGCCACCCGCGUCGUCCGUCAGCUCACUGUGCCGUCUCUUGGAGGUCUUCCCGGCGCGAACCCUGCCGCACCAGGCGACGAUACCUACUCGGGCCCCAACUCCAACAUGCUCGAGAUUAGCCCUGUCGGUCUGCCCAUCUUUGUGCUGUGGAACGUCAUCAGCGUUGUGGUCCUCGCUCCACUCGAGUGUGCUAUGGUACGGCUCUCGACGCAACGACCAGAGAGGCAGAACCCGCUUCACAGGGCAUACGCACGCGUACCGGCCAACGGCAGCGGCGCGGCUCCCUCGCCGUACUCGCAUCAAGCGACCGCAGCUGCACAGGCACAGUCCGGCGGAAGCUACAGGGACGCGGAUCCUUCCACUCGCAAAUCGACCGACAGCGCCGUCGACAAGCCGCUGCCUUCGUCGCCAGGUGAGUUGCCGGGCAGGCCAUCCUUCGCGAUCGAAGACGAAGAUGACGAAGACGGAGACGUCGGUACCGCCCAACCCAAGUCGAAUGGAACCAGCGCCAGCAGCAAAUCCGCUCGAGUCCUCGGUCAGACCACCGCUGAACCCGCCCAGCCUGCCCCCGCGUCAAAUCCCUCGUUCAAUUCGCAACCUACUUUCUCGGGGGGAGAACCUCCCGAGCCAGUCAUCGCGCUGCGGCCCAUCGAGGAGCAGACGGCCGAAGAAGCAGCCGCCGAGUUCGGCGCUCCCGUCGUGAGGAGGUACGAGGGGCUGGUUGACUGCUUGAACAAGAUGGUCGAUGAGGAGGGGAUCGAGAGUCUGGGAAGGGGAGCGUGGGUUACGUUGAUUGCGAUGUUUGCUGGGUCGUUCAGUUGA